CAGUCGACCCCCUCAGAGCCCCUGCAGGCCGGAAUUGCUUUUUAUCAAGGAAACAUUACUGUAAAUAUUGAAGUAGUGCUUGUGGCUGUGCCAGUUAGCUUUCCCACAUUUAGGCAUGUGUUAGGCCGCUGCGGGCACUAGAUUCAGACGGACGGUUUUGGUGGCAGAGGCUCCGAGAAUUACAAAAACUACGUAUUAGAGGGGGAUCGACACUGGGGUGUGAGACAUCGUCAUUGAAGCAUAACCUAGUUGCGUUACCAGUGAUUCGCGCAGAAGGAAGAAGUCGAAGCGCCAUUGUUCACAUGUUCUGUGAGUAUUCAGGCGGCCCGCUGUACAGCCGAACACACGAGCUCGACUGGAAGCUAUUGCAUGAAACAUGAAGUCGCUUGCAAUAAGCAAUGCCGCCUCAGAAUAGCACGAGACAUUCCAGGUACCUUUCUCUGGAUUGACAACGGUCGAAUGUUUGGGGUGUUCUUGAUUUGUCCGGUCGAGCAGCCGUUAUUGAGCCACAGGACCAGGGAGGUGCCACGCUUAUUAAUGCUUCUGUCAGGGUGAUAUUAUAACUCGUUUCAACGUUCAGCACUCGCUUGAAGAGCUUGAAGUUUGUAGAACGCCAGGAAGUUUCGGGGGAGUCGGCGGUGCGAAACAACAAUCUGGCGGUCUUUGUUUAGCAACGGUGCGCACGCGGUGACGUCUGCUUUUCUGCCUCGGCAGUCUGCGCGCUUUCCGCAAGAGCCACGGGUACUGCUUCAGAAUCGAUGGUCACUCUGCUCUGGGAGGUGGAUACCAGUGAGCCACAUGAUAUUGGAUUUGCCCGAAAGGUAGAGAUGAACACCAUUCGAAGGGUUAUAGACGAUGUGAAGGACUAUUGUGCCUACGUAUGAGCAACUCGCGAGUAUCUUCCAUGGCACCUGAAAAGCCCUAGAGAGUCAAGUGAUGCCAUGCAUACAUUGCGAAAAAAUUUCCGAAGAGAAAGCGGAGAACAAAACACUGCGGACGAAUCCUUCACAGCGCGCGCUCCAAUCCAUUCUUGAAUUGUGAACGGGGAUGCCAACUCAGUGUAAACACGCAGAUCCCCCAGAGCACGCAACCCUUGCCAGAGGACAACAUCGACAAGGGAGUUCUACUUUUAGCGGCUUCCUGUCGUGACAAUUUUCUCCUAUGGAGAAAAGAAUCAAGAUCACAUAAGCGGGGAAGCUUCGUCCUUUCCUGCUUUCCCCGUGCACCUUCAGUCAUGCAACCCCGACAAACGAACGCUCAUUUGAAUCCCGUCUUGUCAGGCGACCAGACUGUUUCAUACACUUCUGGCAGAUUCCUGAAGGAUCAGCCUUCUAUUUUGGGAAGUAAAACGCCCUGCGAUCUGGGGAGGGGAAGGGUCGUGCAACGGCAGCGUUGACAUGCGAUCUCUCCUGUGCUUGGAAGUGGCUCCGCGAGGACAGUGGACUACACCAAUAUGCUUCUAAACUGCUUUGUACCAAACGUGAAUAAAAUCGGUCAGCUCUGACAGAGCGUCAUUUUCAAGACCGCUGUAUUCUAGCCACGAGUGGAGGGCUGCCUUGGAAAGCGAGUGCUUCUGUUCGGUCUCGGUUUCCCUCUGCGCUCUUCAAAACGUACUUUGCUCUAAACGAUUUCAGCCAGCCACACUAGCACGUGUCGUUCUUAUGAUUGACGCCGUCGACAACAUUUACGUUUAGCGAGCAGGCGUGCAGCGUCGUGUAAUCGGUGGUACCCGAAUGUAUGCAUAUUCCCUCGAACUACGAGCUAGGCUUCCACAGUACAAGGUGUCGAACCAAUUUCACAUCACUCAAUUUCUGUAAUGUAAAUACUAUGGCAGGCGUAUAGAGCUUGUCUUCUCGAAAAGCCUUUCCUCAUCUGUCGGCGAACACGGGUCCUGCAGAAGAACGAGCCCCUACUUGUCACGCAGCUUACGUUCGGCAGAGUAUGAUCGUCAAUCAUUGGCAAAGUAUGUGUUCAAGUGCGUAACGACGAUGAUGUUCCUUGCACAGAGCUGUCGCGUUCGUCGACCGAAUACGGAAGCGCCUAACAGAGACGCCUGCGAAUCUCUGGAUCCCUUCAAAUCAGUUGUUUCUUUUACAUCACACUUAAUCCCCUUCCACGUAGCCAGGGGUAACGUCUGCUCCCAUCCGCCAUUUUUUUUGCUUCACGUUUAUCGCGUCCAUAUUUCGGCGAAUUGCCACGCAGCCAGCUCACACGUUCUCUACGGGAAACUGCUGCUUGCGUCUCGGGAGACGUGGCGAAGCAACCAACAAAGCGACCCGCCCGAUCUCUGCUGAAAAAAUAUGCCGGUGGAACGCCUUGAUUAGUGUGAGCAGAAAGUCGUCGGCGUCACGGUGCAAGUCUAUGGGAAAACCUGGGCCGUCAAUGGAAACGUGGAUCCAAGCUGCGCCUCUAGAAACGGGCUAUGUAGUAAAAAAAAUACAGGCUUAUAUGGGAAGAAGGGUGUCGCGUUCGAAAAGGAAGAGCGGGACUCGGACCGUAGGACGCCAACCCGCGGCCUCCUAGAGAGGGGAACUGUUGGACUUCGGAAAAGGCUACAGCUGGAGUAAUGUAGGGUCACGUGUGCUGAUAUCCAUAAAGGGGAGAUCUCUCUGUGUGUUUUCUGUCCUUUUCUUUUAGACCCUUACCGAUUCACGUUUGACGUUUGCGGUGUCUUUUCGCUCUUCAAAGGGAGCGUUUCCCGUUCCCUCCAACACCGUACCGGGUGCGUGGGGAGAAACUCUCUGUAGCACUUUUCUCGUCGAUCCCAACUUUUUUGGUUUUUGCAAAGUCUUGUGAAGGCAACUCUUCCGUUCAAAUUUUCUCGGUUCCAUUUUCUGUGCUCCUGUUCCAAUUGCCGUGGACGUUUCCACAAGAGCCUGUCGGCCACUCCAGCCUGCGUAGCAUCUUCCCGUCCACGCCCGUUUUGUCCCAGCGAGCUUCGUCAUUCUCCCGCGUACCUUCCCCCGUUUCUUUGCCUUUCGCCGCUUUUUUUCGACUUCCCUUUCGUCUUCGACGUAGACGAGUUCCUUUUUUCUGCAGGAAUCCGCAGUCCCCGUUCCCGUCCUUGUUCCGUUUCGGCCGCCUCUCACCCGCUUGCAAUCUGUUCUUGGCGUUUGUGCUGUCUCCCGUCUGGGUCGGAGUUACUCGCCGCGCUCUGCUGCACAUCCCACUUUCGUUCUGCAUCCUCCCCCCGCGUGGCGCUCUGUGUCGCGAGCCACAAGCUCAACCUUUCCAAAAUGGCUUUCGACUCACACAACAACGGCGCUGUCGGUAUGCCCGAAGACGACUCUGGCAUUCCGCUGCCCUUCGUCGAGGAUGAAGUCGCCCAGGCCCAGCCGAACUCUGGCGAAGUAAUGCAGAUGCUUCAAGGACAAAACCACCAGAGUCUGGAGCAGGGUGCGGCGGCGCCCGCGGACGGCGCAAACGCCGGAGACGUCGCGCAUGCGUUCGGAGAAAACGCCGAUUCGAGGGAAGGCGCGCGGAAUGAGGAGGAAAACAGCGGCUCCCCUCCACCCUCAUCUGAUGCCGAUGACCCCUCCAGUGCCGCAGGCGCCGACGGACAACGCUCUCCACCCCAAGAACCGGACAAGGAGCUCCAGAUGCGCAAACUGUUUGUCGGUGGACUCAGCCGCUCGACGACAACUGACAGCCUUCGCACCUACUUCCAGCAGUAUGGCGACGUAGCUGACAGUGAAGUGCUCUUCGACAAGUUCACAGGCAGGAGCCGAGGCUUCGGUUUUAUCACCUUCACAACUCCGGACCCGGUCGCUCGUGUUGCUGACAUGCGCCACACUGUCGACGGAACUCAGGUCGAGGUUCGCAGAGCCAUCCCGCGUGAAGAGGCACGAGACCACGGCGGCCCUGGCGCAGAUCGUGACGCUGGCCGGCUCUUCGUUGGUGGCAUCAGCGACGAUGUGAACGACGAAUCUCUGCGCGCGUAUUUCCGUCACUAUGGCGAGAUCCAGUCAGCCAAUGUGAUGGUUGAUCGACAGAACAACCGCCCCCGUGGCUUCGGUUUUGUCAUCUUCAGAAACCCCGACGAUGCUGAGAAGGCCAUUGGUUCCCACAAGAAACUCGGUGUUCAUUGCGAAGCGAAACGUGCACAGCCUCGUCAGUCGAAUCGCGAUCGCGGCUCAGGCUGGGGUGGCAACUGGGGCCCUGGCGGCUAUGGCGGUCGAGGCGGCUAUGGAGGCAGAGACGGAGGCUAUGGAGGAGGCCGAGGUCGUGACUACGGCAACUAUGGCCCUCCUGGUGCAGCAGACCCUGGGGCAGGGUAUGGUAUGGGGGGUCCUGGUGGCAUGUACGGAGCUGGUGGUUACGGUGGCUACGCGAACUACAACCCGUACUACGCUGCGUACUACGCUCAAAUGGCUGCGUACAGCGCCAUGGGAGGCUAUGGCGGCUACGGCGGAGCUGCAGGAGCGCCUGCGUAUGGUGUCGGCUCCGAAGAGGGCGGCUACGGAGGCUCUCCGGCGUCUGGUGGUGCAGAACGAGGCAACCGCAUGGCUAAUCGGUCGACACCUUACUAAAUAGAGAUGAAACUGAAAGGAGAUGAGAACGAGGCUGCAGAGAGAGAGGGAUAUAUCCGCAGAGUGGUGGUGUUAUCGUGCACAUAAGAGGUUGCUGACUGAGUCUGAGACGUCGACAACCGAGUGGACUGAAAGGCAAGAUAGAGGAGGAAAAGAAUGUGGACAGGCAGGAAAUGUCGACUCUGAAGAGGUUGGGGUUGAGAGAAAGAGGCUGCGACACAAAAGUCACUGGCAGCGAAAAAUGCUGCUGCGCCUCAGGCAGUCGCCAGUAAUUGAGAGACAGAACACGUAGGAGGAGAAACACGGAAGAGAAGCUAGUCAAUUGCUGCGACCGAAGUCGAUUUUUUACCUCGUAAGAGUCUACGGAUCGUGGCAAGUGUGUGCUUGUCAAGGAAUGAUGUGUUCGACCGCAGUUACCGCUGUCUGGUGGAAGAGUGGCACUACGCAAAAGACGAGGAACAGGAACGCGGUGCCGUGUUUCUGUGUCAUUUUUAUUUCGCUGCUGGCUACUGAAGAUGGUUUGCAGAAGGUUGUGGCGACGUCGGGUGGUCUUUUUCGUUUCCUUUUCGUUUGUGUCUAGUCUCUGUUUUGUGUGCGCAGGGGGGUGUUUCUAGGAAAGAGGAUGGGGUACACAAAUGCAACGGUAUAUGCGUUCGUGUGUGUACUUGUGUUCACGUAACUGAUGACGGAGCAACGACGAGACACGACUGUGUCGAAAUUUUGUGGUUAAACAGAGAAAUAUAGGCGUUCGUCUUGCGUUGAACAUUCCGCGUCGCAGCUGUGUAAACACAAUCUUACACAUGUGAGUGUGUACAUGUUACUAAAAGAGUGUGCUCUUUUCUGAUGUGUCGGUCUGGCGGAUGUAAAUGUGCGUAUUCACCUGAAGGGAGAGGGAACAGAAGCGACAAGUGAAGCCGUAGCAGAGAGAUCGAGGACAGUUUUCUCAGACGGCCUUUACGAACAGUCUCUCUCUAUGGGGGGUUCGGGAUACGCAACGAAACAACAGAUGAGAUAGGCGGCACAAGCCGAAAACGCCGCAUGAGUUCAGCGUCCAACGAGUGCGAGGGGCGGAAGAGGCAGUCCGGGUUUCGUAGGAGAGAUGUCCAUUUAUGCAAGUGUGGAUGUAUGCGUUUGUACGUAUACGCGUAGAUUCCUGCGUGUAUCUAGAGAUAGUGAACUAGCAUUACGUUCUCAAAGUGUUUGGUUCACUGUGUCUCGUUCAUUUGGACUGUUCAAGGGUGCAAUUUCCGUUACACUGGGUCGAACGCAUGCUAUCUUGCGAAUGCGUUAAUUUUUCUUUUUCCUUUCUGCUACGUUUUCGACGUCGUUCCUGUGUUAAUUUCUCUCGCUAAUCAAUUUUUUUCUGUCUUCGCGGCACGUCCCUCCCUUUCGAAAACCUUGUGUUCCGGCACAAAUCAGUUGUUGCUUAUACCGCCGCCAGUUAGUUUUACUGCUAGUUCCUCAGCACCUGGUUUCCUUCUUACUGAGUGUCCCCAGCGCGUGGAAC